AUGGCUAUUAUGUCAGAUUUGGGCUGUGUUUAUCCUCCUCGGUAUGGAUUAGACAAAGGACGAGGCGCUGGGUUCGUGGAUUCCGGGGAGGGGGGGGCUAGGUUGCUACAAGGUUGUGUUCGUGAUUCUGAAGAUAAUGGUUGGAGAUGGGGAUGA